UCCCGCCACUCACGGCUCCGGGGGUCACGUCACGAGCACAAGGAGAGAAUGGAUAACUUUUUUUAAGUUCCAGAGUCUGUCCGGUGUCGAACAGCCAUGAACCACCGUUUAUUGGGACCGGGAGCCCUGGUUCUGUUCGCAGUCCUUGUAACAGAGUGUUUGGCCAGGAAUGAGGAAGAGCGGUUGAUUCAACAUCUGUUCAAGGAGAAGGCUUACAACAAGGACCUCCGGCCCGUAGAAAAACAGGACGAAGCUGUCGUUGUGUACAUCGCCCUCACACUCUCUAACCUCAUCUCUCUGAAAGAGGUAACCGAGACUCUGCUGACCAAUGUGUGGAUGGAACAUGGCUGGUAUGACACCAGGCUGUCAUGGAACACCGCUGAGUUUGACGAUAUCGAUGUCCUGCGCCUCCCGCCCAGCAUGGUGUGGCUGCCGGAGAUCGUCCUAGAGAACAAUAACGAUGCCCAGUUCCAGGUGGCGUACUACUGUAACGUAUUGAUCAAUCCGGAAGGCUAUGUGUACUGGCUGCCGCCAGCCAUCUUCAGAUCCUCCUGUGCCAUCAACGUCAACUACUUCCCCUUCGACUGGCAGAACUGCACUCUCAAGUUCACCUCCCUGACCUACAAUGCUAAGGAGAUCACCAUGCAGCUGAAAGAGGAGCUGGAAGAUGACAAGUCCUACAAGGUGGAGUGGAUCAUCAUAGACCCUGCAGGGUUCACAGAGAAUGGAGAGUGGGAAAUCAUUCAUAAACCGGCCCGUAGGAACACCUAUAAGAAUAUCCCUAUAGAGAGCAACAAGCACCAGGACAUCACCUUCUAUCUCAUCAUCAAACGCAAACCUCUGUUCUAUAUCGUCAACAUCAUAAUCCCCUCUGUCCUCAUCUCCUUCAUGGCUACACUGGUCUACUACUUACCAGCUGACAGUGGGGAGAAGAUGACUCUGUCCAUCUCGGUGCUGCUGGCUCAGUCUGUGUUCCUGCUGCUGAUCUCACAGAGACUGCCAGAGACCUCCAUGGCUAUACCACUUAUUGUCAAGUAUCUGAUGUUCAUCAUGGUUCUGGUUACGGUGGUGGUGUUGCACUGUGUGGUGGUCCUCAACCUGCACUUCAGGAGCCCCAGUACACACAUCAUGACAGAGUGGACUAGAGAGUUCUUCCUGGAGAGGUUGCCCCGCCUGCUGCGGAUGUCCCGCCCUGCAGAGUCAGAGUCUAGCUGGGAGGGGGCGUUGCCAAGGCGAUCUAGCUCGGUUGGUUACAUUGCUAAGGCGGAAGAGUACUACAGUGUGAAGUCACGCAGCGAGCUGAUGUUUGAGAAACAGUCUGAGAGACAUGGGCUGGCCACACGGGCUACACCUGCGGCAGCUGUGAAGCCCCAGUCAGAUGGAGAGGUGACAGAGCAGCUGUACUCUGAGAUGAAGCCUGGUGUGGAUGGAGCCAACUACAUUGUCAAACACAUGCAUGACAAGAAUGACUACAACGAGGAGAAGGAUAACUGGAGUGGUAUAGCUCGUACGGUGGACCGUCUGUGUCUGUUCCUGGUCACCCCAGUCAUGACAGCAGGCACCAUCGUCAUCUUCCUCAUGGGUAUCUACAACCACCCUCCGCCCCUGCCCUUCGAGGGAGACCCCUACAACUACCUGGAGGAGAACAAGCGCUACGUCUGAUACACACCAACGCUUACACACGUUCGCACACAUGUGAAGUGUGGUUCUGCUGUUUGUUCACCUUCACCUUCACUAACACAUCCGCAACCGCCCAAAUAUAAAAUAUGAGGCCUGCCCCCGACCCUAACCCACAAAUAUAGAAAAUGCACUGUGGGCCUACAGUCAGAUGGCAGAACUAUUUUUGGACAGGCCUUUGUAUAUAGGCCUAUGUUUCUGCUUAUCAUUUCCAACAUUUUGGUAGGUUAUUUGUUAGUCAACUUGUUUGUAAUUAGAUAGGCCUAAAUGUAGCUCCUCUACUGUCAUUACUAGUUGACCUAGAACACUAAGUAAUCCCUUAACCAAAAUGUAAUUAAUCCAUAGAAUUAAUGUUUCAGUCAACUUGACAUCGGUAAAGUUUGUUUUCUCUUUCAUCUCUGCUUCUUUUGCAGCAAAGACAUGUAGGGCCCGGGCAAAAAUUCUAUAACAAAAAAAAAACUGGGAAAGAUUUUUUUGCAAAAUUUCCAAAUGACAUCAGUUUGACCGGUUUUUAGAAAUGUAAAAGCUAUUAAAAAGACCCAACAUGUUUUUGAUAAGAUUUAA